ACAAACUAAACAUAUAUAGUUCGUUGCUAUUUCACUUCUAUACAGAAAAAAUGGCAGCCACAUGCUCUGAAUCUCCGGUGCCGGAAUCCAAUCCGGAAAUGCAGAACAAAGCUGUGGUGGAUGAGCUUUAUAGGGCAUUGCCAUGUGGUGACACUGACACCGUGGCCAAAUUAGUUGCAAGUGAUCUAGAAUGGUGGUUCCAUGGACCACCACGUUGCCACCACAUGAUGCGGAUGCUCACCGGGGAGGCGAGCCACACCGAGUUCCGAUUUGAGCCGAGGAGCAUCGAGGUGGUUGGCGACUGCGUGAUUGCGGAAGGAUGGGAAGGAGCGCAGGUGUAUUGGGUGCAUGUGUGGACAUUGAAAGAUGGGAUUAUUACACAGUUCAGAGAGUACUUCAAUACGUGGCUUGUUGUGAAGGAUUUGCGGCCACCUCGCUGGGAAAUUGGGCACGUCGACGGCCUGAGACACACCUUGUGGCAGAGCCACCCAGGGGAUCUGGCUCGCCGGUCCUUGCCUGGCCUCGUGCUCGCCAUAUAGGCAAACCCGUGGUUCCAGCUGUCUUUGAAAUGGACGUACAUGUAAAUGUCUAGUGACUCUUGUCUAUUGAAUUAUAAAUUGUGUACCAUGUUUCGCUUGUGGACUAGCUAAAUUAUUAAAAACAAGAAAAGACUUGUUUCUUUGAAUCUGCAAUAUAUCCAAAAUUCCCAU